AUGCGAUAUCUCAGCCUGCAGCUGACUGUCUUCUCUCCCGCCUGUCUGUGUGUCUGUCUGGUCAUUGUGCAGGUGGCGGUGGAGGACAGACUGAAGCUGCUUAAAGAAGCCCACAGAGACUUCGGCCCGUCCUCUCAACAUUUCCUCUCCACUUCUGUUGAGCUCCCCUGGCAACGUGCGGUAUCUCAGAAUAAGGUUCCAUAUUACAUCAAUCACCAGACACAGACAACCUGCUGGGACCAUCCAAAGAUGACAGAGCUAUACCAGUCACUAGCGGACUUGAACAAUGUGAGGUUCUCAGCAUACCGAACAGCCAUGAAGAUCCGCAGGCUGCAGAAAGCACUGUGCUUGGACCUGUUGGACCUCAGCGUGGCCCAGAACACCUUCGAGCAGCACAAGCUCACCAAUAACAAUCAGCUGCUGUCUGUCCCCGACGUCAUCAACUGCCUGACGUCCAUCUACGACGGCCUGGAGCAGGAGCACAAAGACCUGGUCAACGUGCCGCUCUGCGUUGACAUGUGUCUCAACUGGCUGCUCAAUGUUUACGACACUGGUCGCAGUGGGAAGAUCCGCAUCCUGUCCAUGAAGAUCGGUUUGCUCUCUCUCUCCAAGGGACACCUGGAGGAGAAAUACAAAUACCUCUUCAGCCAGGUGGCGUCAGCAGGGGACACAUGUGACCAGAGGCAGCUUGGUCUGCUGCUACAUGAAGCCAUCCAGGUCCCGAGGCAGCUCGGGGAGGUGGCCGCCUUCGGAGGCUCUAACAUCGAACCCAGUGUCCGCAGCUGCUUCCAGCACGUGACCAAUAAGGUGGAGCUGGAGCCCAGGCAGUUUGUUGAUUGGAUGCGUCUGGAGCCCCAGUCCAUGGUUUGGCUUCCUGUCCUGCACAGAGUGGCUGCUGCAGAGACAGCAAAACAUCAGGCCAAGUGCAACAUCUGCAAGGAGUGUCCUAUUGUUGGCUUCAGGUAUCGCAGUCUGAAGCAUUUCAACUACGACGUGUGUCAGAGCUGCUUCUUUUCUGGGCGCACCGCCAAGGGCCACAAGCUCAACUACCCCAUGGUGGAGUACUGCACACCGACGACAUCAGGUGAGGACAUGCGUGAUUUCACCAAAGUGCUGAAGAACAAAUUCCGAUCGAAGAAGUACUUUGCCAAACAUCCUCGGCUCGGUUACCUACCGGUCCAGACAGUUCUAGAGGGCGACAACAUGGAAACUCCUGUCACCCUCAUCAGCAUGUGUCCGGAGCAGUAUGAGCUGUCCCAGUCACCUCAGCUCUCUCAUGAUGACACCCACUCCCGGAUAGAGCAGUAUGCCAGCAGGUUGGCCCAGAUGGAGCGCUCCAACGGCUCUCUGCCCACAGACAGCAGCUCAGCCACGGGGAGCAUGGACGACGAGCAUGCCCUGAUCCUGCAGUACUGUCAGACGCUGGGAGGGGAGGUCUCCCCCUGCAGUCAGCCCCAGAGUCCGGCCCAGAUCCUGCAGGCCGUGGAGAGGGAGGAACGAGGCGAGCUGGAGCGCAUCAUAGCCCGUCUGGAGGAGGAGCAGAGGAGCCUGCAGAAAGAGUACGAGCAGCUGAAGGAGCAGCACGGCCAGCGAGGGGCCCCUGCUGGAAGCCCCUGGGAUUCGGAGGGUUCUUUUGCCCAUCCCGAUGAGGCUGAUCUUCUGGCAGAGGCGAAGCUGCUACGACAACACAAGGGCCGGCUGGAGGGCCGCAUGCACAUCCUGGAGGAACACAACAAACAGCUGGAGUCCCAGCUCCACCGCCUUCGACAGCUACUGCACCAGCCGGAGAUGGACUCAAGGGUAAAUGGAGUGUCCUCUCCAACUGUGCAAGAUGGAGGGCCACUUACUGAGAACUCAGAUGAGUUGCUGGAUUCCCACCACAGCAGCUCUGACCUGGCAGAUGUAAUGGAGCAGAUUAACAACUCCUUCCCUGCAUGCAGUCCUUCGAGCCUCUCCUCGAGACCACAGGUAUUGUGAGCACAGUCACCACAGAGGAUGCCGCGUGCGUGUUUGUGCGUGCACACAUGUGAGUGCGUGUGCACAGUAAGUGUCGGAGGAGACAGAACCAUUCCCAAACAAACAAUCCCCCCCCCGAUCCCAAAGACGCACAGGACCAGACAACUUAACUACUUUUACCACCUUGUCUUGUACUAUGCAAACUGUACAUUUUAUGAACUGUAGAUUGUACCUGAACUUGGUUCAACAUUUGUCAGUGAUUUGUUUAGAUAUGCAGAUGAGUAUAUGGACACGGGGCUUUGUAUAGUAAAAAAAAUGUGCUUUUGUUUUUCCAGAGGGUUGUUUGAGAUUUGUAUUUCGUUCUUGUUAAGUUCUGCCCUCACUGGGUAUCAAACUGUUACAUAUGUUGUCAUUCCACUGCUUCAUACCCUCCAGUCCCCCACUUGCAAUUUUUUUUGUCAAAGGAAGUAGCCACAGGUUUCCAUGUUUGGGAGCACGCACAGUUCCUGAGUAAUAACAUCUAGUGGCCGAAAGGAUUAUCGUUUUGAAGACUGUCACUUUUCAAACCUGUGUUUUGUUUUGAAAAUCUAUCUUGUAGCAUGCUCGAUGUCAAGUUCCCCUUUAAAGCAUUGAUAUGGCGGCAGACUUUGUGUCCACUGCGAUUUGUUGAUAUAAACUUUACCCCUUCUGUGCCUAUACAGUUUGUCAUUCCACGUGUGGAAGACAGAGAUAAGAGUUGAAAAAUGAAAGUGGGUUUGUGUACAAAGAGUGAAGUUUUGGAGAAUAAAGGUUUUAAUCUAAAGUUGUUCUGAAUUUGGGUUUGUAAGAGGCCCGCCGUCAUGUAGAAUAGCUUUUUUUGGUUUUUUUAAAGAUAUAUGUUCAGAAAUCAGAGGAAAGCCAUGAUUGCCUUGCUACCUCAGACUCAUAGACACAGUUUUGUUUUUGUGGUUUGUUGUGAUCAUUUACAGAACAAGAACAACCUGGUUUAGCUUUCUAAGCUUUAGCUUACUGUAUUGGUGUACACUGCAACGAGGAGAUGCCAAGUAAAAAGAAAAAGAAAAUCUAUUACUGUACCACAAUGGGUCUGUGGCCUGAUGAAGCUAGCCGUGCGUUAUGACGAGUAUUACUUUAUCUGAUGUUAGUUUUUCCACUGGCCUACUAGCACUGGUCCCUCACUGCGUUGUGUUGUUGUGCUAUAUGCUAUCCUGUAAAACUUGUGAGACUGAACAACACUACUAUAACCUCCUCUGACUGUAGACUAAUGAUGAUGAUGAUUUUAAUGAUUCCAAUCAUGAUGGACAGUACCACAGCAGAACUGUGUCGCUUCUCCUGAGGUAUGUAAAAUAGAUUGACCACACUACGUGUAAUAUGGCUACGUUUUAUUCUAAAUAAAAUUUUUAUAACAAGUG